UAUUUUUAUUUUUAUUGGCUGCAGGUGAGAGCCACUGAGAAGAGUCAGCGGUGCAUGGAGGGGUCGCGCUGCGUGUGUAAUGCAUAUUAUGCAUAUGCACAAAAGCGCGCUCGAUUCGACUGACGGUGAUUUUGCCGGUGACGAGAAAGUUGUUUGGCUGGUUCUUCUGGAUUUUUUAUGCGGCUGCUGGGACUUCCAUAUCAGCCAUGACGAAUUCACAAUCGGCCAUUAUUUGCAAAAGGUGCCUGGAUUUUCGUGCGAGGCCGGCGAGAUUUUAUGCGACAAAAAAGUCAAAACCCCCAGCCUCAGAGGUGCUGUCGUGCUACCUGGAGCAUCAGGGCGAACCGCCGUGGACGUCCUACUUUGUACGCUACUCGGACGUGCUGAACGACCAGCGUGGCAUGUCGCACUUCAACUGGUCGGUUGGGCGUAGCAACUACCACGUACUACGGACCGGCUGUUUCCCCUACAUCAAGUACCAUUGCAGCAGACGACCACCGCAAGAUCUCGGCUUUGACGACGCGUUCUUCAAGGCGAUCAAGAUCAUCAACCUUGGUAUACCGACCCUCAUGUACGGAUUAGCGGCAACGUUAUUGAUUCGACACUCAGAAGUAGUCAAAACAUCCAAAGGUGACGUGACCAUUUACUUUCUGCUGCCCGAAGACAAAGGCUCGCAGCAUUAGGAGAUAAAUCUAUACAUACACGCCUAUAGAUUUGAAUAUAAUAAGCCAUUGAGACUGGAUCUCUUAUGUAUUGUGUGUGAAUAAA